AUGGCUCCCGAGGCGGAGGUGGAGUCGGGGGCGGAGUCGGGGGCGGAGUCGGGGGCGGAGUCGGAGUCGGACCAGCAGCCGCAGCAGGGCGGCGUUACGGAUCAGGCGGUCCUGGUGACACCAGCUCCAGAGCAGGGCUGCGCCGUGGAGGAGGGGGUCCUGGAGGCGGACCAGUGGCCGGCGCGGGUCCGCGUCACGGAGGAGGGGUGCCGACCGAACAUCUGCACUUUGACCGGACCCACUGUGAUCGACGUCCACGGCGACGUCACCUCUGUGAAGGAUCGCUGCACGUACUCUCUGAUGUCAGAUAAAGAAUCCUACACAGAUUUUGAAGUUCUGGCCAGCUACAAGGACCGGCGUCGCACAGAUGUGAGCUUUCUGGACAGUGUGACACUGAAAGACACUGAUAUUACGGUUCUCCUGGAACAAGGUGGGAGAGUCAAGGUGGGCGGUUCAGUGGUGACUCUCACCAGCUCAUUCGAGAAACAUGGUGGUGUUGAACUCUCCAAGACCGAAGCUGGAGUCACUGCCAAGCUGGAACUGGGCACUGACAUAUAUGUUACUCUGUUCUUUGAUGGAAACACUGCGCAGCUGCAAACUACAGGAAUAAAUAAGUAUCUACCAGGUGGUUUGUGUGGAGGCGAAGACAAAGAAACUUCAAGCAACCAGACCGAGUCCGGCAGCUGUGAGACUCCGUACGCACAAACCCCUGACCCGACAGUCGACUGUACCAUGAUAUCUGAACGCUGCUACAUCCUGAUGAAUGAACCCUUCUCUUCUUGUCACGCCGCCGUCACCCCAGACCCCUACAUAACUGCCUGCAGUGAAACCAUGUGUAAAUAUCCUGAUGAGGAUGGCCUCAUGUGUCAGUUCCUGGAGGCCUACGCCAAAGCCUGCAGCCUGAUGAACAUCCAACUGGGGGAAUGGAGGUCCAACGAGCAGUGCUCUCCGCCUCAGAUCUCUUGUGAAGACAGUCCCUGCAGUGAUCAUGAGUUCUGCGGACUGGUCAGCGAUAGCCCCACCUGCCUCUGUAGAGCCAUUUUUGCCUCCAGUUACAGAGAGUCAGACACUCUGGGUGAUCCGACGGUCUGCACAGGUGACUCUGCUUCAGUCUCUCUGGUGAAUUGCCUCCUGGAGGAGAAAGGUUUCAGCUACUCCACCUUACACCUCAACGACCCAGCGUGCACUGGUGAGAUGGACGAGAGCCACAUGGUGACCUUCAGCUUCGACAACGACAACUGCGGGACGGAGGUGGCGGAAGACAACGGCCAAGUGGUGUACAAGAACACCAUCAAAACCCAGACCAGCUCUGAUGUCAUCAAUCGCCACAACCAGUUGAAGAUGGACGUCUCCUGCGUCCACGCUCAACCAGAUGUCAGGACUAUGGGCUUCAAAAUCAAGGACAGCUCCAUGUCCAAGGUGGUCAGAUCUGAGGCUUUUAGUUACACGGUGACGAUGAAAGCCUACACGGACGCCGAACGCACACAAGCUGUGGACUCCGACACCGAGGUGAUGCUGGACGAGAGGAUCUGGGUGGAGCUGACGAGCGAAGGGUUGGAUGCAAACAUGAUCGUCAUUGUGACCGACUCCUGCUGGGCCACCGGCCAGCAAAUGUCCAAUAGCAGUCUGAAAUACGACCUGGUCCAGGACGGCUGUGCAAACAAAGCCGACCCGACGGUGCAGGUGGAGGGAAACGGAGAAGGACCUUCCAACUAUUUCUCUUUCAGCAUGUUUGAGUUCACGGACAGCUCUGGUGAGAUCUACCUGCACUGCGAACUCCACUUGUGCAUCAAAGCCAACAACUGCGUGCCGGAUUGUUCUGGGAAAGUUCAUGGUAAGAAUAGAAAGCGCAGAUCUGCCUUGUCAAGAUCCAGAUACGCCAGGUCAACUCGCAGAGCUGAGGCUCCCGCCUUCAUCAGCAUGGGAUGGAUUAAAUAGGUGGUUACCACGGUGAUACGGACUGACUGACAGGCUACCGACCCCCGUCUAGAUCCCCGACUUGUGUCUGGUCCUGAUCCUGAUCACGGACGUGUGAAAGGAAGAGCUCAGAUCCUGCUGCUGCCAUGACGUUUUGUUAACUCGUAAAGCAACAAAAAGCAGCAACGAAAGAUACAGAAUUAUGAGAACAGGACCAAACUGUCAUCAGACACAUGUCACAGACCCUCUUUUAUCUCUUUUAGUCGUAAUUGGUGAAGGGAAGUGUGUGUGUUACAUUUGAUUUAAACCAAAUCUACAUUCUAACAUCCAGGUAGAAUCCGAUAUUAAUCAGAUAUGAGAUUGAUUAUCACGUCCUAUUAAUCAAUACCUUCAUAUUAAUCAGCUUUUAUGAAGUUGGUGUUCAGGGUGAAACUAUUAAAAAGGGUAGUAAUACAGGUUCUUCUAAGUUUUAGGACACUUUACAGUAAACACAGACCAGGGGCCUCAUUUAAAAUGGACUGCGUAGGAGUCAUACUAAAAGUGCACGUACACCCAAAAGCUGAAAAUGCCGGGUGCAAAAAAAAAUCUGGAUCUAUAAAACCGCGUGCACGCAUACUUGCAGGCAAUGUUCGCUUUAUAAAUCACAGUCCAGCUGGAAGGUUGCGCAGCUGAAUCCGCCUCAUAUCCCGCCCUCUACACGCCCACUUUUUACCUUAAAAGCGUAAUGCAAAGUAGUAUUUGAAUAUGAAUGAGCCUGCUGAGCAUGCGCAGUGGCUUCCUGCAGCCUGUUUGGCGUCAGAAUGAAUGAGAGGGUGUCCAGCCACGGUGCCACUGAAUUUCACUGAGAUCUGAGAUCUAGAUGUUGUGGAUGAGGACAGGAAAAAAUUAUUUGGUGGUGACAGUAAAAGUAGAAAAAGUAUAUAAAUAGUAGGCCAAGAAAUAAAGCGAGUGAGUGGCAGCAUGCCGUUGCUGCGCUAAACGCCGUGAGUGACCCGACGCAGCAGGGGGGACAUGUCCCCCCGUCUUCUCAAAAUCAUGUUUUUGUCCCCCCCACUUUUUACAGUCAAAACUAACAGUAGGCUCAUCCUGUAAUUGCAAAUCAUCAACACACCCUGUGCGAAAGCGAUGCGAGAACAGCCCGGCCGCCUCGCUUCACCCCCCGCU